GGUUUAGUAAAAAUUUCAUUUAAAUUAUUUAUUAUUAAAAUGGACAAAAAAUUAGACAAGUUUUACCGUUAUUUAUCCAAUAUUAGUAUUAAAGAAAAAAUAAUUUGCAUGUUGAAUUGGUUGAUUCAGGAACCCAUAUAUUUAAUAAUUACACUUAUAAUUUGUGUGAUCACACUCAUGGCGUACCAAAAAUACGUAAACCGCAGUAACACCCAGGUAAAUCAAAACGGCGCUGGUGCAGAAGUAGUUGACAAUGGACCGGUGAGUGUUGUGGAACGAGCAAUAGUGGGCAAUGAAGGAGAUCGGUCUAUUGCCAACGGCAAUGAGUUGGAAAUAGGUACCAACGACUCAUAUCGAAUGGGUGAAAAUAAUCGACGAAGUGCGGUUUGUAGUCGAAUUAGUCUAACCAAUAGAGCAAACUCACGCGGAACCAUAGAAAGCAGUUCCCGUUUGGAGACAAUAUUUUCGAGAGAGGUGAUGAAUCAGAUCAGUUCAUCACAUUCUCUAAGUAAUGAACAGAGUAAGACAUCACAUCUAGAAUAGAUGCCACGAUUGUCUUUUCUUUUUGAAAUAUUAAACGACAGCGUGGAUGUGGUAUAAGUAAUUGUAUAUAUUUGCUAUACGAUAACAGGAAUGAAAAAUAUAAAUACAAAUAUUUUUUG